CUGCUCUGCUGCUUCGGAGGCGGUUCCCUCCGCCGGGAUCCCUCCGCCGCUGGGAGCGAAGUGUGAAGCGAGCGAGGGGUUGAGCGAGGCGCAGGCGGCGGGAUGGAGGCCGUGCCCCGCAUGCCCAUGAUCUGGCUGGACCUCAAGGAGGCGGGCGACUUCGGCUUCCAUCAGGCCGUCAAGAAGUUUGUCCUGAAGAACUAUGGAGAGAAUCCAGAGAACUACAAUGAAGAGCUGAAGAAGCUGGAGCAGCUCAGGCAGAAUGCCGUGAAUGUGCCCAGGGACUUUGAAGGCUGCAGCAUUCUGCGCAAGUAUUUUGGGCAGCUGCACUACCUGCAGAGCCGCAUCCCUAUGGGAGCUGAGCAUGAGGCUGCUGUCCCCAUCACUUGGACUGAGAUCUUUUCUGGCAAAGCAGUUACUCAUGAGGACAUAAAGUAUGAGCAGGCCUGCAUCCUCUACAAUUUAGGUGCCUUACAUUCCAUGCUUGGAGCAAUGGACAAAAGAGUGUCGGAGGAGGGCAUGAAGGUCUCCUGCACCCAUUUCCAGUGUGCAGCAGGAGCAUUCACUUACCUUCGGGACCACUUCCCUCAUUCCUACAGUGUGGACAUGAGCCACCAAAUCCUUAACCUGAACAUCAACCUCAUGCUGGGCCAGGCCCAGGAGUGCCUCCUUGAAAAGUCAAUGCUAGAUAACCGAAAGAGCUUCCUUGUGGCCAGGAUCAGUGCUCAGGUGGUUGAUUACUAUAAAGAAGCAUGUCGGGCUUUGGAGAACUCCGAAACAGCCUCCUUGCUGGGCAAGAUCCAGAAGGACUGGAAGAAGCUGGUGCAGAUGAAGAUCUACUAUUUUGCUGCUGUGGCCCAUCUGCACAUGGGUAAGCAGGCCGAGGAGCAACAGAAGUAUGGCGAGAGGGUCAUCUACUUCCAGAGUGCCCUGGACAAGCUCAAUGAAGCCAUCAAACUGGCCAAGGGUCAGCCUGAAACUGUGCAGGAAGCCCUGAGGUUCACCAUGGACGUCAUUGGAGGGAAAUACAACUCUGCCAAAAAGGACAAUGACUUCAUUUACCAUGAAGCCGUCCCUGCUCUGGAUACCUUGCAGUCUGUGAAAGGUGCACCGCUGGUGAAGGCCCUUCCUGUCAAUCCCACAGAUCCAGCUGUGACAGGCCCUGAUAUUUUUGCCAAGCUAGUGCCAAUGGCUGCCCACGAAGCAUCAUCGCUCUACAGUGAGGAGAAAGCCAAGCUGCUGAGAGAAGUGAUGGCCAAGAUCGAUGCCAAGAACGAAGUCCUUGAGCAGUUCAUGGACUCUUUGCAACUAGACCCUGAGACUGUCGACAACUUGGAUAUGUACAACCACAUUCCGCCUGUCUUGAUGGAGAAAUGUGCUGCACUGAGCGUGCGCCCUGAAACUGUGAAAAACCUUGUUCAGUCCAUGCAGGUCCUUUCGGGAGUUUUUACAGACGUGGAAGCGUCUCUGCGGGAGAUCAAGGACCUUCUUGACGAAGAUGAAGUCCAGGAGCAGAAGCUGCGUGAGACGCUGGGCAAACCUCCCCUGCAGCAGGAGUCCCCACCCACCCCAUCUUCUGGACUGGCUGAGGUGGCAAAGGAGUGGGCCAAGUACAUGGAAGUGCACGAGAAGGCCAGCUUCACCAACACUGAACUGCACAAGGCGAUGAACCUCCACAUCAGCAACUUGCGGCUGCUCAGUGGGCCUUUGGAGCAAGUGAGGGCAGCAUUACCCACUCCAAGCCUGACUGAAGAGGACAAACAGGUGAUGCAGAACUUGAAACGGAUCCUGUCUAAGGUGCAGGAGAUGAAGGACCAGCGGAUCUCCUUGGAACAGCAGUUACGGGAGAUGAUCCAGAAGGACGACAUCACCACCUCCUUAGUGACAACGGACCGGUCAGAGAUGAAGAAACUCUUUGAAGAGCAGCUGAAGAAGUAUGACCAAAUCAAGGUCUAUCUGGAUCAGAACCUGGCUGCCCAGGAGAAUGUCCUCAAAGCCCUGACAGAUGCCAACGUCAAGUAUGCUGCAGUGCGCAAGAUCUUGGCUGAAGUGGAGCACAAAUGGAACACAACCUUGCAAACAUUGGUGGCAUCCUAUGAAGCUUAUGAAGACCUAAUGAAGAAGUCCCAGGAGGGAAAGGAUUUCUAUGCCGACUUGGAGAGUAAAGUGGCUAAACUCCUGGAGAAGACCCGGGCUGCCUGCAAAGCAGCCGAAAUAACCAGGCAGCAGGUCUUGGCAAAAGAAAUGAAGCUGCGGCCUCCACCCAGACCAACCACUCCAAAGCCAGCACUUCAAAAGAAGCCUUCUGAGCUGGAGGGAACUGAAAUGCCUGCCCUGGCUUCUCUCUCCCUAGCCGACUUGCCAGAAGAACUGAGGAGCCUGCCACCUGAGGUGCUGGCAGCCCAUCUGGCACAGCUGCCCUGCGAUGCCCUGGCAGCCCUUGGCCUGGACCCAGCUUUUGCUCGCACCAGCCUGCGAGGUCCGGGCCCUGAGGCCUUUGGGGCUGUGGGUGGAGUGGUGGCCACCCCUUUGCAGCCAGCCAGAGCAAGCCAACCCGGGGCUCCCUUCAGCCCAGGCCAUUUCGUGAAUGCUGGGCCCAUGCCUGGGCACUACCAGCCCACCAGAGUCCCUGCCAGCUCUGGACAGGGGCACUUCCCAGGGGUCCCACUACCCACUCCCCUGACUUCCCACCAGAUGCCACCUUCCAUACCUCGGACAGGCCUUCCUCCACUGAGCUCUGCUCCUUCCUCAGUGCCCAGCCCCCAGGUCUACCCAACCGGGCCCCUUGCUCAGGGACCCCCUUUGGCACCUGUGCAACCAGCAUAUCCCAGGCCCCCACUCCCUUCACAGCAAACAUCCCCUCAACACAUCCCCAUGUCUAUCUCUGCCCCAGGUGGGGGUUACAGCAUGGGACAGCCAGUCCCCAGCAAUGCAGUAGGGCCUGCUGGCCACCCUACACCUCUUACGGUUAGGCCCACGGUUCUGGCUUCCCACCAUUUCAGCACCCACAACUUCCCCUCACACACCCAGGUUGUGCGGCCAGCCACCACCACUGUGGACAGCAUCCAGGGCCCCAUCUCUAGCUGCACCGCCCCCAGGGGGGUAACCGGUCCAGUUCCUCAGUGGACUGGGCCCCCUCCUCCUCAGGGAGGUUUUGUGGGUCCCCAAGGGCCAUCCAUCCAGUUUCCUUACACCCAGGCCACUGGCCCACCCUUCAUGCCACCAGUUCUGGCUCCUUAUUCCACCGCUCAGCCCCAGCCCGGCUUCCCUCCUCACAGGCAUCUCCAGCCCACCCUAGACAGGCAGAUUCGGCCACGGGCUGUUGGGGGGCAAGUGCCCCCUCCGCAGUAUCCGCCCCAAUUCCUGCCUCAAGCCCAGGCCCCUCAGCAGACACUCUUCCAGGGCCCCUACCCACCCCAGGUCUCAGGCCAGCAGGCUGUGCUGAGCCAGGUCCCUGUUCAUCCUGCCAGCCAGGGGCAGCUACCCAGCCAGAUGGCACAACCUCAACACUACCAGCUGCCAGCCCCUGAUAAGAUGCCUCCCCGGGUUGUUCCUCCCCACUCAGGGGCACUAGGCUUCCCUACCCAAGUCCCCAGGGGGUCUAACAUCACAGUGGGCAUGAUGGGGCCUGGCCAGCCCUUGCCCCUCUGCCCAUCACAUGCUGCCAUACAACCCUUGCCUCCUGGCUCAGCUUCUCAAGGACCCUUUGGUUCUGUUCCCCCAGUUACCACCCAAAUCCCUCCUGGGGCCCCAGUGGGGCUGGUGGGGCCUCAGCCGCCCCCUCCAUCAAACCAGUCAGUUCCUCGCCAUGUCCCACCUGCCCCUAGCCCGGCUUUGGCUCAGAUGCCUGGUGGGGUGGUAGUUCAAGGGGCAGCCUUGCCCUCCCCUGCACCCUCCCCACAACCCCCUAUGGCCCUCCAGGCUCCCUCUGUGCCCUGCUCAGGCCCGCUCCCCCAGCUUCCGCCCUCCUCCUUGGGGCCCGGGGCUGCCUCCCUCCUGCAGGGACCCUCCGAGGUCCAGUUCCACCGUCAGAGCUCCUCCACCGACGACCUCUUGUCCUCCAGCCCCGAAAGCCAGCACGGGGGAGCUAAGACAGCGGUGGGCCAGCCCCUCCUGCAGCCCACCAAGGCCGACGCCAAAGACGGCCUGAAGCCCAAGGCGGUCCAGCUGAUCGAGAAUGACCCCUAUGAGAAGCCCGAGCGCCUCCGGAGGCUCCUCUCAGAGCUGGAGCGCUUCCAGGAAGUGGUGGCCUGCCUGGGGAGGCCCAGCCCCUCGGGGACCGGCAGCGAGCUGGACAGCCUUUGGAAGGCGCUGCAGGAUGCCCAAGAGAAAGAUGCCCGGCAGCUCUCCAUCGCCAUCGCCCGCUGCUAUUCAAUGAAGAACCGCCACCAGGACAUCAUGCCCUACGACAAAAACCGCAUCGUCCUGCAGUCAGGCAAGGACGAUUAUAUCAACGCCAGCAAGAUUGAGGACCUCUCCUCCUACUGUCCUACCAUCAUUGCCACCCAGGCCCCGCUGGUGGGCACUGCCUCAGACUUCUGGCUCAUGAUCUACGAGCAGAAGGUGUCGGUGGUGGUCAUGCUGGUGUCUGAGCAGGAAAUCGAGAAGCAAAAGGUGGUCCGCUACUUCCCCACAGAACGGGGCCAGCCCAUGGUCCACGGUCCCAUCACCCUGGUCCUGACCAGCCUGAAGAUCACCCCGACCCACACGGAGCGGAUGAUCAGCCUGCAGUUCCGUGAUCAGAGCCUGAAGCGGACCAUUAUCCACCUGCAGUUCUCCUCCUGGCCAGAGCUUGGUCUCCCUGACAGCAAAGGGGACCUGCUCCGUUUCAUCCAGGAGGUCCACAGCCACUACCUCCAUCAGCGCCCUCUGCACAUGCCCAUCGUUGUCCACUGCAGCUCCGGCGUGGGCCGCUCGGGGGCCUUCUGCCUCCUGUACGCAGCCAUGCAGGAGGUAGAAGCUGGCAACAGCAUCCCAGACUUGGCUCAGCUUGUGAAGAGGAUCCGCCAGCAGAGGAAGCACAUGCUUCAGGAGAAGCUUCACCUCAAGUUCUGCUAUGAGUCAGUCCUGAAGCAUGCCAAGCAGGUCCUCCAGAGACACGGGGUCCUCUCAGUCUCCGCUGGGAAGCCCUCCAGCAGCACCCUCACCUCCACCCAAAAGCUGUACGUCCACCAAGACCCCCAGGAUCUGGUCCUGGGGGGAGAUAUGCCCAUCAGCUCCAUCCAGGCCACCAUUGCCAAGCUCAGCAUCAGACCGCCCUCGGGAGGGGCAGAACCUCCAACCAACGGGCAGCAGCUGCUGGAGCCCCCACCUUUGACGGCCACAGCUAGCGUCAGUGUUGUCCCUGCGCCACCAGCUCCCCCGCCUCAGCUUGCUGUGCCUGAUCACCAGGUCCCUGGUGCUACAGAGCCACCUCCGCCCCUCUCUCCCCCCGCUGAGGCUGUGGGGGGCCCUUCCCCAGCAGAGAACAGCAACCAUGUGGAAGAGGAGAAGGAAGGGGAAGGGGACGAGAAGGACCAGCAGCUGGCACUCCCGGGCCCAGAGCCCCCCACCUCCACUGCUUUGGCCAUGGCUCCGUCCUCCUCCUCGCUGGAGCUCCUGGCCUCCCUGACCCCUGAGGCCUUCACCCUGGACAACUCCCUCAAGGGCAGGCACCGGAUGAAUAAGCAGAGCUUCCUCCAGCCCCAGAACGGGGAGGGCCUGCGAGGGGCCCGGCCCAGCGACGACCCCCUCAGCAUGCUUGACCCACUCUGGACCCUCAACAAGACCUGAGCACCGAGACAGAGGAAGGGGAAGGACACUGCUGCCAUUGGGGCUCAGCUGCUCCUAUGUCUCCAGGAGCCAAGAUGGCAGGAAGGGGCCGACCCUGGUUUGUAAACUGCAGCAUGCUGCUUUCCCUACUCUAGGAAGAGCAUCACUAGGAACUUCUUGCUGCUUGUGAAGGUGGGUCUCUUUCACCCCCUGCAGCUCUGCUGCCCAAGGACAGGGUUUCCCCAAAGACUGUGAGAAUGGAGGAUUUCCAAGUGAGCUCUUUCAUGUUACUUUCUCUUCUGCCUCCUCCAUUCCUUCAGCUGGGUGCUGGACAGUCCUCCUGCUGUGGUUGGAGUGUAGGUCCCAGUAUCCCUUCCCAUUGGCCCCAUUGGCAGUGGCAGUCCAAAACAUAAUUCCUAUCAGGAGAUCUGCGUGAUCCAGAUCUGGCCCACAUGGAGGACAUGGAAGGAAGGGCACAGGGGAUGUUGGCUGUCCCCCAUAGCUGGGGAAAUCUGUGCUGGUUGGUUUUAUCAGGCAGUUUGCUCCAGGGAUACCCUGUUUGGGCUCAACAUUGAGUCCCCCCCACUCACCCAGGGGCCCAAGUAAGUCACCUGCACAUGGAGGUGUUGCUUCCCUGCCUUGAGGGCACCGCCAGCCCUCUCCUUAAACCACCCUGGACACCUCCCAGCCUUGAGAGGUUGGUAUGCAGCUCCACCAUUCUGCCUCCACUCUCCUUUGGUGCCCAUCGGCCAGUGGGUCUCCUGCUAAACUUUAGGAAUGUGUUUGCCCACUGCCUUGCACUCUUCACAGAGGUUUCCUGGAGCCCUGGACCAGCUCUUCCUCCUCUGUCCUUUUCUCUUAUUGCCUUCUGAGGGGACACAGCUGGAGCCGAGGCCUGGCAGAAGCAGCCUUUGUGUUAGAAGCCACUCUUCCAGAACUUGGGCAGGGAUCAGCUGCUCUCCUUCAGCAUCCUCCAAGUGCUUCGCCUCUUUAAGAUGCCCCACUGGGGACGGAGCGUGAUGCUUUUGUGGUAGGUGGGAUUGCAUGCCCUCCUGUGUUUUAAGCGGCUAAGUCCUUGGCUCCCACCAAAGCUUCUGCCCAUUUGCCAGCUGGGCCUCAGCAGGGUUCUGAGCUCCUCCGGCUGCUUAGUGGCUGCCACUUUGCUUGUGUGGGGUCUAGUUUGGGAUUAGCUGAAGCGGCAACCUUUCUCGCACAGAGAUGGGCACAGCUCCAUUCUUGUGAGUGUUCGUCUCUGAACCCUUUUAUGACCCCACAGCAGCUACACUUGACUCACAAGUGGACUUUAACUCAUAGGUCCCCUUGCUAAGUGAAAGGAGGAAUGGCUAGCAGUUGAAGGCAGGACAUAUAUCGGGAGGGAGGGAAGUCUAGGCAGAGGGGAAGUGCAGCAGCGGACAUCAGGGGAGUUAGGGGAAGGGCAGCCCUAUGGGUCAUUCACUUGUAAUGCGAGGGUGUGGAUUCUAGACCAGCCUUCCUCCAGAGGUUGGGACUACAACUCCCAUCACCGCCUGGCCCUGUGCCUGCCCUCUCUGGGGACUAAUCCAACACAUCUGGGGGGUACUAACUGGAGGAAGGCUGUACUUGAUCAUUCCUUGGGCGAAUGGAAACUGUUGGAAAUUUCUUCUCUCCAUUGUCAUCUGCUUUUGUUGGCAGAAAAGCCAACAUUUCUUGCUUAAUGAAAGAGGCUGCCUUGGCGAAGAUUGGGGAGGCAGGGAUGGGUUCCUUUGCUUUUCUUUUGUACAAAUGUAACAUUGUCUUCACGGACUGACUGACUCUGUAAUUUAGAACCGAUCUUUUUCAGCUCUUUGCUACUAAACUAAAUAAAGGGGAUGGAUCACG